AUGUCGGUGGCAGAGUACACCAAUAAGUUUGAAGAGCUUUGUAGGUUUUCUCGGGUAUGUCAGGGUGACCCGGAGACUUUCGAGAGCUGGAGGUGCAUUAAGUACCAAAGGGGCUUGAAGGACAACAUUAUGACUGCUGUGGCUCCUAUGGAGAUCCGUGUCUUCUCCGACUUGGUGAACAAAGCAAGGGUAGUGGAGGAGUAUGCCAAGACAGUGGCGGCAUCUAAGGACACUCAUGGAGGGAGCUCUAGUUGUGGGCGUGGCAAUUAUUUUCAUCCUAGAGGACAAAGCUUCAAAAGAGGGGGAUAUACUCCUCAAGGCCAAGGGGGCUUCAGAAAGAACAAUCAGAAUCAGUUUCAGUAUGCUAAAGGAAGAGGAAAUCAGAGUAAGAGUUAUCCGGAUUUAACUUGUGAUCGUUGUGGACGUUUUCACCCUUAUGAUUCAUGUAAGAUUGGUUUAGGUGGUUGCUUCAAGUGUGGGUUACCUGGCCACAUUGCGAGGGAUUGCCCUCGUGGGAGGAAUCAGAAUGCGGGCCAGAGUCAGCAUCAAGGUCGAGUCUUUGCUGUGAAUGCCAAGGAUGCUUCCAAGGCGGAUCCUUUGAUGAAAGGUAUAUGUCUAAUUGGUGAUAAAUCCUUAGUUGCAUUAUAUGAUACUGGAGCUUCGCAUUCGUUUAUUUCAUUUGCUAAAGUUGAAGAAUUAGGCUUGAAAGUAUCAGAGUUACCUUUUGAUCUACAUGUACACACUCCGCAUCAAACAAUUAUGACUAGGUCAGGCUGUAGACAAGUAGGCUUCAAGCUUGAGGGUAGAGACUUUGUACACGAUUUGAUCUGUUUACCAAUGGUGGGGCUGGAGAUGAUUUUGGGGUUUGAUUGGUUGUCGAAGAACUGGAUUUUGUUGGAUUGCUUUGAACGGACAAUUCGGUUUAUGCCUGAAGGAGAAAAUGGAGCAGUGGUAGCUACAGGGUAUUACCUGAACUCUGUAAUGAUGCAUUAUAGUGGGGAGGAGUGUCAGGGUUAUAUUCUGUUGGCUGCCAAUGCGUUGGGCGAUGCCCAGAACAUAGAUCAAAUUCCGGUGGUUAGAGAUUUUCCAGAAGUGUUCCCGGAAGAUAUCCCUGAGUUCCCACCUCAAAGGGAGAUUGAGUUUGCGAUUGAAUUGGUGCCGGGAGCCGGACCAGUAUCGAUUGCACCGUAUAGAAUGGCUCCUAUAGAGCUGGCAGAGCUAAAGACUCAGUUGGAAGAGCUUCUGAAUAAGAGGUUCAUUCGACCAAGUGUAUCACCGUGGGGAGUGCCAGUUUUAUUGGUGAAGAAGAAAGAUGGAGGGAUGCGUUUGUGUGUGGAUUACCGACAGUUAAAUAAAGUGACAGUGAAGAAUAAGUACCCGCUGCCAAGGAUAGAUGACUUGAUGGAUCAAUUGCAAGGAGCUGGAGUGUUUUCCAAGAUUGAUUUGAGAUCCGGUUACCACCAGAUAAGAGUGAAGGAAGAUGAUAUCCCUAAGACUGCGUUUAGGACACACUAUGGACACUACGAGUUUGCGGUAAUGUCCUUUGGGUUAACGAAUGCACCUGCUAUUUUCAUGGAUUACAUGAACAGAGUGUUUCGUCCCUUUUUGGACAAAUUUGUGGUGGUUUUCAUAGAUGACAUCUUAGUUUACUCUAAGACGGUAAAGGAGCAUGAGGAACACUUGAGGAUUGUACUGUAA